AUGAUCAAAAAGAUCACGCAAGGCGAAGAGCGGCUCGUAAGCAGACGAGGCCCCCCAUCAACUCCUCUCGGAGGUGCCCUGUCCCCGCCCCCGGGGUCUUCGCCACCUUCGUCUUCAUCGGGCGGUACAGCACCUCUCAUCUCUCUGCCUUCACCUUCGUCGUCUUCCUCGUCGUCCUCCUCUUCCUCUUCUUCAUUCUCGAGUAUUCUGGGCCCUGCAGCAGGGCCUCCCCUGGGGCCCUCACCGUCUUCGUCUGUUGCCCCAACCGUGCCACACUCGGCCAGCGCAACGGGGGGCUCGUCUACAAUGCACUACUCGAGUCCUCCGCUGGGCCCCCUGGGCUCGGCCAGCAGUUCAAGCAGUCGCCUCUUGCCCUCCAGCGGACUUGUGGGCACUGCAUCACACGAAUCGUCAAGCUCUGGCCUGCCACCUUCCACUCUGGCCAGUGGCUCUCUUUACCCGGGCCUGCCUGUGAUGGAUGCAGGCACUCCUCCCUACUACCCGCCGGUCUCCAGUCCUUACCAAGAGUACUUCUCCCCUGCACACCCCAUGUAUCACUACAACUUUGACCUGUAUUCCCUGCUCAACAAUGACACUGAACGAUCCAUUCCCUCAUAUUCCACAGGACUUGCUCACAAGGCCCGCACCACUCCAGACAUAAUCUCCCUGGACUGACCAACCUGACGGGCUUGGAAGAGCCAGGACUGGUGGACAAAUGGGUUCCUAACGGCAGAAGAGGCCACCCGCGCAUCCUCCUUCCAGUGCCCGCAAACUUGAGGAAAGGACACAUUGUUGCACACACACAAAAGAAAGAGACUUUUGCCGCUCUCUCUCUCUCUCUCUCUCUCGCCUCACGAGACAGUAGUAGCGGCAUGUGUACAUAGUGAUCUGCUCCCUUCCGAGGAUCAGCAGAGGCCUCUGGUGGUGGACAGGAAGUGUGUGCACCUUCUCUGCAGGCACCUAGCUCUCUGUGCUUGUGUGAAGAAGAGACAUUGGCUGUGCAUGCUUAGAGGUGACUGUUACAAACGAAGUGGGUGUGUUGUUUCCGACUGGUCAUUUCCACGUGUAGCCACUUCGCACUAGUACGACGAUGCAACAUGAAGUGCUUCUUGACGAGUUUCCUCGAUGUUUACAUCAGGUCUGUGGCAUAAUUUAUUGACUGCCUGUAUGUUCUCGUUGUAUGUGGAGGACCUGUGCUUUAUUAUUAUUAUUUUUUCGACUAGUCUGCAGAGGGUACAGACAGUGUGCUAUGUUUAUUUACUCCCUUUAUUUUUUUUUGGAAGGGGGACGAUUAAUACUGUAACUAGACCUGCUGAGCAGCCAAAGACACAAAACUGCCGCGGCCACUUCAAAGCAACAAUUUCAAAUGGGUCCACGAUGCUGCUGCAGAAGAGGCGAAAUGCAAGGAGCAGCUCCUGUACAUCACCACGCACGAUCACAAAACAAGUAUUCCCGUGUGACACAGACAAGUGAUAACCCGUGUGAAACUGACAAGUGACGACACAUUCGUCACGCUUACAGAGCCUUGCAUCAUUACAGCGUUUUUUUGCAUGAAGAGAAGCAUAGUAGAUUACAGUGUUUCAUAUAAGAAGUGGUGAAAUGUGAAGGCUAAUUACUUGCAUUUCCGAAAGGGCUGCCCCAGGGCAGGUGGCGUUGCCCUCGUUUGCAAAAUAUUGUUCCUGUGCAGAGCAGUUUUUCUCAAUAUAUGUUGUUUUUUCUUUCUUCUGUCGUUUCUUUUGUUGCAAACACAUCUUUUUCUUCUUCAUUGCGCUCUUGUGAUGCAGCAGACUGUGUAAAGGAAAGCAGUGGCAUUGCGUUUAUUUAUGGUCAUGACUAUAUGCAUGGACGUCAAUGAAAAUAAUUUUGAAAUGGCUUUUCUUGUUGGCAUCCUCCUAUGAAGAUGUGCAUGGCCAGUGCAAUCUACUGCUUCCAUACAUAUUUUUAAAAUGGGUUUAAGAUGCUUGACUGAAGUUUUAGUGCGCUAGCACACAAGCUGGCGUGCCAUCCUUGUGUUGAAAGAGGCAACUCGAAGUGAGUAACUUUUCUUGUACACUAUUUGUUUUCUGUAAGCAUUUCAGUCAUUAUUGCAUCUGUACAUAUCCAUGAUCCAAUCAUGUAGAUAGCCUUUCGUUCCCCUUCCUUCCCUUCUUCCCCCUGUCAUUAAGGUAUGAAAUUUACAGUUAUGUUAUGUGACUGCAGAGUUGAAUUUUUUCGCUGUAAAUCUGCACAAUUCAUCGUGUAUUAACAGAUUUGUAUCUAUUUCUUGCCCAAAAUAAAGGACCUUUGUUAUAAUGAA